AUGGCAGCGACCGACACCGUCAUCCAGGCAACUAGGGAGCAUGAUUCUUCCAACGAUCAUCUUUCAAUGAACGCAGAUGCCAACUCGGAAGUGGUUGCACACGAGGGGGGUUGCCCAGGUGGCCAACCAUCUCCAGGUGCUCUUCAUCAUAAUACAUUUAUGAGCAUGGCUGAUGACACCUUUGGAGACGAUGAUCAAGACACGGUAACGAGCACGGGUGUCCAACUGCCUGCAAGUGCCCUUCAUGACGAUGCAGCUAUGAGCAUCGAUGAGGAUGCCUUCGGAGACGAACACGAAGAUAUGGAAAUAAGCACACGGCCUGCUGAGAAGAGCACCAGACGCGUGACUAUGGCUCGUACAGCGCAAGAAUAUACCGCAAACCUGAAGAAUAAAUCGGAGCAAGCGCUGAAGAAACAUUUCAUCAAGCAUAUCAACUUGAAGCGAAAGUCUGGGGAUUCGAUCAUCUUCUUGGAGCCCCCCCAAGCCAAAAGACGACGGGAGCAAAAGGCCUCCACAAGUAGCCAUGGUGACCCAGAUAAAGUUGUCCCACCCACAACUACAAAGACUGACAUUGUGCCCGAACUUGGGGGAGGCAUUCCGGGUUCUGACCAACACAAAGUGUUAAAGAAGGACAGAAGGAAGCAAAUUGCAGCUGCAACGUCAGAAGGUGACAGCAAUCGCCAUCUAAGUUCACAGAAGAAAGACGCAGAGACGGGAAUGAAGAUUUGGGGCCUUGGCGCCGUCGAAUGCGUUGGUUCUUCUGACUACAAGCUGAAAGGCAUUCGGACGCCUAUCCGGGGCUGGCAGCUCCAAGCUGCAACCCUAAUGGUACUGAGAGAAAAUUCCCAUGCGCCUCCCUAUGGAGGAAUCCUUGGUGACCAGAUGGGAAUGGGAAAGACUCUCACAAGUCUGGUGCUCAUAAUGGGAUGCCCACCCCUUCCCCAGGAUAUUCAAGCUGGCUGCGGUGGCACCAUAGUGGUUGUUCCAGGCCCCAACGUCCUCAAGGAAUGGAGUGAAGCAAUUACUAGGCAUACGGACAUUCGCCCAAAAGAUGUCCUCGUUUACAAACGAGGAAAUAAUAUCUUGGAAGCGGACCAAAUCGCAGGGUACAAAAUCGUGCUCACCACUUAUCAAGAGCUCCUCAAGUACCCAUCAGGAAAAAGGCUAUCGAACCUGGCUAAAGAAUAUGGUGAGGAAACCCAGGAAUUCCAGAAUGCUGUGAAGCAUGUCGCAGGCCCCAUUUUUGAUAUUGAGUGGUACCGGAUUGUAUUCGACGAACUUCACACGAUCAAGAACUCAGAGACACAGACCUUCCAAGCAUGCUACCGUUUGAAAAGCAAGAGAGUCUGGGGGCUCAGCGGAACUCCGCUGAUUAACCAGAGCAAAGAGAUAUUCCCUUAUUUCAAACUGAUAGGGGUUGAAGGUUGUCAAACAAAAAGCGACUUUGAAAGCAUCUACAAGAAAGGGCCUGAUGCCUUCAAAAAGUUAGACGCAUUGAUCAACCUGAUUACAAUUCGCCGGAAUCAUGAGAACCGCUUCCUCGGGAAGCAGAUGUUGGAGGGUCUGCCCCAGUUUGAGGCGGAAGUCCGCUGGGUCAACUUGUCCCAAGAGGAACAACUGAUCUAUAAUACCAUUGGUCAGUAUUUCAACAGUCAGUCGUCUCCGCUUCCGAUAGUCUCUAUGGCACAGCAGAGACAGGCAAUCUCGCACCCUUAUCUUCUGGAGAAGUUUUUCAUUGAGACCAUCGACAAUGAGUCCAUCCAGAGUCUUAUCAAUGAGCUCAAGGAAAUCGAAGGCAAUACUUGGGUGUACCACCAAAUUGGCAGACGUUUCGGCCGACGUGAUCCAGAUAAUGCAUUCGCAGCCGGCGAAAACGAUGAUGGAGACGUCCCUGAACUCACACCCCGGGAGCUAGCAUACGCCCCUAUGAACCCAUUUGGAAAAUCCUCCUUUGGUGAGAGUUUUUCAAUGGUUCAUCUGCUCGAGCUCACAGUCAUGGACAAGGAAUAUAGCAAGAGCAAAUGUGGCCGGUGCAAGAAGAAGGUGACCGAUCGCAUGCGCAUCAACGGGGCUGCAGGGUGUAUCUCUUCAGACGAUGGGUCUACCGACGAGGACUCGGAUAAUAGAUAUCGCAGUCGCAAAACCAAAGUUGCAGAGAAGCGACGCAAGGCGCAGGCGAGACGCGAGAAGAGGAAGAUGAGGCGACGAAAAUACGGCGGCGACUAUAUUGGCAACCUGCCGGCACUCGAAGAGCAUGAUACGGCGUUCCUCCAGAUCGGCGUGAACGAGAAUGGCGGCGUCCCCUGCCCUGGAACGAAGCUGACGGUUGCUAAGGAGAUCAUUCUCCAAUGGCAGGAGGAGGCGCCCAAUGACAAGAUUAUCAUCUUUGUCGAGUUCAUCAAAACGGCGGUUCUGAUGGGUAUCAUGUUGAACCUCGAAGACAUCCCAUUCGUUUACCUCAACGGGAAGCUUACAUCGACAGAGAAGCUCAAGGCCGUGGACACGUUUAAGACCAACCCCGAGGUCAAAAUUCUCAUUGCAUCGAUGAAGGUCGGCGGACAGGCCCUAAACCUGACCUGCGCGAACAGAGUAAUCCAGGUCGACUCCUGGUGGAACGAGGCCGCGGGUGAGCAGGCGAACGGACGGGUCAACCGCAUGGGCCAGCUGAAGCCCUCGCACGCCGUCGUGAUCAAGGUCCGGGGUACCGUUGACGAUUACAUCACCGACCUUCAGGACAGCAAGACGAAGGAUAUUGAGCAUGUCUUGCAGGACAACGGCCGCGUUACUGAGGUCCUCGGCGAGUUCGAAGUCAUGGCCCUCACUGCCCCCGUCGCGUGGCAGACGCUCAAGGAGCGGCUCGUCAAUGACAUUGAACAGGACAUGGGUCCGCUGGGCGUUGUUCAAUGA